AUGUCUGUUGAAUAUCCAGCGAGAUUUUAUUAUCAUUAUAACAAUAACAAUAGUAGUUGUACCACUUCCAUUAAUACUGAUAUCAAGAGUAAUAAUAACACCAGUUCAGUAGAAACUGUAACGAAAGAGAAAAAUAUAAUAUUAUUACAGCAGCAAACAAGAGAAAAAGAGAAAAAGGAAGAUCAAAAUACACAAAGAUUAGUGUAUUUAAAUGCUUUUUCAGAUAGUAGAAGUUUCAUAAAGCAAGAAAACCAUAGUAACAUUAAUUUGGCUCCAAAUUCUAAUAUAGUUAAGCAACCAGAGUGCCACAUCAAAGAUCCAACCAUCACCAUUGGUACUAUAAUUAAUAAUAAUAUCAGCGAUACUAAUCAUAUAAAUAAUAAUAUUAUUACUAAUAACACUGUUAAAAAAAUACUAUUAACUAUACAGGGUCACACACCACAUACUUCAGACUCUUCUUUCGCUACGACUACAUCAUCAUCGUCAUCAAGUAUGGAGAGAGAAAGGCAACAACAGCAGCAUCAAUUGGAAGAUAUUGACAACCAAAAUACUAUAAGUAGCCCAACUUCUAUAGAAAGCAUUCUUGUGCCCAAUAACACUAAUACUAAUACUAAUACUGGUGGUGAUACAAUUAAUUCAAAUAACGGUAUAAACACUACUUUAAACAAUUGUACCCGCAAUCAUAAUAAUAAUAAUAAUAAUAAUAAUAAUAAUAAUAAUAAUAAUACUACUACUGCUACUAAUAAUAAUAAGAAUACUCCUGUUAUUAAUAGUGCAACAACAAUUAACAACAAUAUAAUGGGUACUGAUUAUAAGGACAGGAAAACUGGGAAAAUCAAUAUUCUGCCGAAUACUACUUCAAAUGGCACUUUAAGAAAUCAUCCCUUUUAUAUUAAAAACAAUAACAACAACAUUGAUAGCAGUAGCGGGAUCAAUAGUACCAACACGGAUAUUAUAAAUAUAAAAAAUAAAGUUAAUGCUUAUAAUAUAAAGCAUUUUACUGGAAAAAAUAACAAUACUGGCAAUACUAAUAUUAAGAUAAAUAAUAUUCCCACCUAUUUUAAUAAUAAUCAUAAUAACAGCAAUAUCAAUAACAAUAACCUUAAUAGCAAGGCUGUGCAACAUAAAAAGAGCGCUGAGCUUACAGAUAAUGAAGUUGUGCAAUAUUCUGUGUUGAAUACUACUACUACAACAAAUAGUACAUCAUCCGAUGAUAAUGAAAGCUUUACUGGGAUAAUUGGCCAUAACGAAAUUAACAAUAAAAAUAAUUUAGAUAUACCUGCUGUUAAUACUGCUACUGCUACUGCCACUGCUCCUUCUCUUCUUUCUUCUCCCCCUCCUACCGCUGCCGCUACUAAUACCACCACCACCACCACCACCACCAUCAACAACAAUAACAACAACAACAAGAACAACAAUUAUAAUACCAUGAAUAACGUGAAUGAUAAUAACGAUAACAAUGCUGUAGUGAUGGAUACGGAAAGUUUGUCAGAUACAGGAUCUUAUUUUACAAGCGAUAAAGAUACUGGUGUAUUAUUAAAUAAAACUAUCAGCAGAAAUAUUAUUCCGAAGAAGAAACAACAGCCUAAUAUUAAAAAGAAAAGACAUAGCGAUAUAAAUAUCAACCAUAAUAUUUACAAUAACAAUAAUGGUAGCAAUAGCAGAAGAUCUACUGGAAUUUUUUCCACCACCUCAAUGCCUGGUUCACAAUCUGUUAAUAAUAAUGCAACUCCCAAUAUACGACAACCACCCUUUUUUUCACACAAACAUUCACAGAUUAUACCUGUUGGUGAUAGUGCGGAAACUUUUCAUAAUAGCAAUACUAAUAUUGUUAGCACUAAUAAUUACAAUACCGACAGCACCAGCAGUGGUAGUGGCAGUACAGACAAUUUGUUGGGAAGCAAACAUCGCCACCACCGAGUAAACGACGAUAAUUUGAAAAGAUCAGAACUGGCUUCUAAGGAAAUAAGGAAGAUGAGACAAUCUUUAUUAUUAAAAAGAAAUACCCGUUUACAUAACCAUCAUAAUGCAAAUGACAAAAAAAACAGAAAGAACUAUGGCAACAGUUUAUUGGAUGAUGAUCGUGUGCUAGUGGGAAACAGAGUUAGUGAAGGGCAUGUUAAUUUUACUAUUGCAUAUAAUAUGUUAACUGGUAUUAGAGUGGCAGUUAGCCGAUGUUCAGGUAUUAUGAAACCACUAACUAACACCGAUUUUAAAUUAACGAAAAAACUAGUUUUUGAUUAUCAUGGCAAUGAAUCAACACCAAGCUCACAAUAUGCAUUUAAAUUUAAAGAUUAUUCCCCGGAGGUGUUUAGAGAGUUAAGGUGCUUGUUUGGAAUUGACCCGGCCGAUUAUUUGAUGUCCUUAACAUCCAAAUAUAUUUUAAGUGAAUUGAAUUCGCCAGGUAAAAGUGGCUCUUUUUUCUAUUUUAGUAGAGAUUACAAGUACAUAAUCAAAACUAUUCAUCAUUCGGAACAUCGGCACUUACGCAAGACUUUAAAAAAUUAUUAUAAUCAUGUCAAAGAAAACCCAAAUACAUUGAUUUCUCAAUUUUAUGGGUUACACAGAGUUAAAAUGCCAUUUUCGUACAAGAAUCAAAUUAAACAUAGGAAAAUAUAUUUUUUGGUUAUGAAUAAUUUAUUUGCACCUCAUUUGGACAUACAUGCAUCUUACGAUUUGAAGGGUAGUACAUGGGGUAGGUUGACACCUACGGAAAGUCAUCCUAAUAUUUAUAACGAAAAUGACGAUGACACAAACCGACCCGUUUUAAAAGAUUUGAACUGGAUUAACUCCAAUAUGCACAUAGAGUUUGGGCCUUUAAAGAAACAAAAGUUUUUAGAGCAAUUGCGCAAAGACGUAACACUAUUGAGUAAAUUAAAUAUCAUGGACUAUUCCUUAUUACUCGGCAUUCAUGAUAUGGAUAGGGGUAAUGAUUUAUUGAAUUUAGAUGAUGGUAAUGAAAAUUAUAAUGAUAACAUACAAAAGGGACAUGCACCGUUAACAAAGAGUGGCAACAACAAUAAUAACAACGCGAGAGUGGAUAAUAGCCAUGCUUUUGGAUUACAUUAUUUCCAGCAGUAUGAGGGUGGCAUAAGAUCUAGUGAUAAAUUAGAUCAUGAUACAAAUAAGAUAUAUUUUAUAGGGAUAAUCGACUGUUUGACAAAUUACAAUAUAAUCAAGAGGUUGGAAACAUUUAUUAGAAGUAUUAACCAUGAUUUAAGCGAAGUUAGUGCUAUACCACCAAAAGCUUAUUCUGAUAGAUUUUAUACAUUUAUUUCCAAGUCAAUUGAACCAUCGCCAUCAAUUAGUACAAGCACUAGUGAGAACGUAUCAUGA